CGGCGGCCUCGUCUCUGGGCGGCCUUGGUUGUAGCCGGCCGGGCGGAGGGGCAGACUCGUCCUGAUGGCUGCCGAGACGGAGCCUGGCGAGCCCGAGAAGGGGAAGCCCUUUAAGCUCCUAGGAAUUUUAGAUGUUGAAAACAUUCCAUGUGCCCGGGAUUCAGUAUUAUAUGGUUCAUUAGGAUCUGUUGUUGCUGGCCUUGGACAUUUUUUAUUUACUAGUAAAAUUAGAAGAUCUUGUGAUGCUGGAGUAGGAGGAUUUGUUUUGGUGACUUUAGGAUGCUGGUUCCAUUGUAGGUACAAUUAUGCAAAGCAAAGAAUCCAGGAACGAAUUGCAAGAGAAGGAAUCAAAAAUAAAAUUUUAUAUGAAAGCACCCACCUUGAUCCUGAAAGAAAACAAACUAACAGCAACAAUCAAGCAGUCAAGCAAAUCGGUGUACAAAGCUGAAAACACAGAACAAUUUAUGUACAGUAAGAAAGCUUUCAGUCAAGCAACUGAAGAAUGUAUUAAGUUGUACACAUGCGUGCACACUGCUGUCAAAUGAACUCUGGCCCUGUGCCCAUCAGAAUGCCAGUGAAGCAUUCUUCUGUUGUGUAGAGCUAUUCGCUCAUAUAGUUUAUUGUCACUGUGUUAGAACAAUAAAAUUAUAAAAACCU